AUGGGAAAAAAGACCAUCAACGUCGAGCCAGAGACUCCCUUCCACACCUUCACCGUCGAACAAGUCGUCGAACACUACCAGACCUCGAUCCUCGAAGGUCUCUCCUCCGAAGAGGCCGCUACACGGCUCCAGACCUAUGGUCUCAACGCCCUCGAGGGUGAUGGCGGAGUCAAGUGGUACAAGGUCCUGUGGCGCCAAGUCGCCAACGUCCUCGUCGCCAUUCUCCUGAUUGCCACCGCUCUUGCCUUUGCCACCAAAGAUUUCGCCGAAGGAAGUGUCAUUCUCUUUGUCAUCGUCAUGAACGCAGCCAUCGGAUUCUGGCAAGAAUUCAACGCCGAACAAACCAUGGAAGCUCUCCGCAACAUGUCCUCGCCCACCGCCCAAGUCAUCCGCGACGAAUCCAGAGUAACCAUCCCCAACAACCAGGCCGUCCCCGGAGACAUCAUGAUCUUCGAGGACGGUGAUGUCGUCGGAGCUGACGUCCGUCUCUUCGAAUGCUUCAACUUCGAGACCGACGAGGCCCUCCUCACUGGAGAAUCCCUCCCCGUCCAAAAGAACCUUUCCACCAUCCAGAACACUGAUGAGUCCCUCGGUGACCGUCUCAACAUGGCCUUCUCCUCCACCACUGUCGUCAAGGGUCGCGCCAAGGGUAUCGUCACCAGCACCGGAAUGAAGACUCAGAUCGGUCAGAUCGCCACCUCCCUCAUGAACGUCGACAGCAACGAAAAGACUCCUCUCCAGAAGCGCCUCGACAAGAUGGCCUACUGCGUCUUCCUUGCUGCUAUUGUCCUCGUCAUCGUUGUCUUUGCUGUCCACAAGUUCAAGUACUCCAACGAGGUUGCCAUCUAUGCCAUUUCCGUCUCUAUUGCUAUCAUCCCCGAAGGUCUUGUUGCCGUCGUUACCCUGACCAUGGCCUUUGGUGUCAGCCGUAUGGCCGAAGUUAAAGCUAUUGUUCGUCGCCUGUCUUCACUUGAAAGUCUGGGUGCCGUCACCAAUAUUUGCUCCGAUAAGACCGGUACUUUGACUCAAUCCAAGAUGGUUGCUGUUCGCAUGUGGUUCCCUAAGGAUGGUUAUUACCGCGUCACUGGAACUGGAUUCACCCCCGAAGGAGAGAUAUACAAACAGGGUGAGAUGGUCGCUGGCGAUCCCCUUGCUCAGGAAGAACUUGUCCCCAACGGCUCUGGCUCUGAUCAUUUCCUCCGCGCCCUCCAGGUCGCCUCUCUCUGCAACAUGGCCGAGCUCCGUCGUACUCUGCAUCCCGAGACCCACGGUGAUUGGGCUGCCAUUGGUGACCCCACCGAGAUUUCUCUCCAGGUCUUGGCCCACAAAGCCGGACUUGCCAAGCCCGAGUUAAUCGAUCAGGGCUUCACGCUGGUUGCUGAGUUCCCCUUUGAUUCCUCGGUCAAGCGCAUGUCUGUCCUUUACCAGUCUCCUCCUAGUACCUCUUCUGCCGCUGGUGGUCAUUACAUCUUCAUGAAGGGUGCUACCGAGCGUGUCCUCGGCUGCUGCACUUCCUACCGCGCCGGCGAUUCCGAGCUCUCGAUCGAAAACGAGAAGGGUAGCCGCAUUGCUUUUGAGAAAAUGAUCGAAGAGAGGAUGACCAUCCUCGCCGAGAAGGGUCUCCGUGUCUUGACCUUGGCCUACCGCAAGUUUGAUGUCCAGCCCGAUGUCGAUCUCGUCCGCGGAUUGAAGCGUGAGGAGGUCGAGACCAACAUGGUCUUCCUUGGUCUUGUCGGUAUUUACGACCCUCCCCGUGCCGAGUCUCGCCCUGCUGUGCUCCAAUGUUACGAGGCCGGUAUCCGUGUCCAUAUGUUGACUGGUGACCACCCUUCGACUGCUGCUGCUAUUGCCAAGGAGGUUGCCAUUAUUCCCGUGGACGUCCCUGUUCUGAACAACCCCUUGAUCAUGACCGCCGCCCAGUUCGAUGCCAUGGAGGAUGACGAAGUCGACCGUUUGGCCGAGUUGCCCCGCGUCGUUGCCCGCUGCUCUCCCAACACCAAGGUCAAGAUGAUUGCUGCCCUCCAUCGUCGUAACCUCUUUGCCUCCAUGACCGGAGACGGCGUCAACGAUUCUCCCUCGCUCAAGGCUGCCAACGUCGGUAUUGCUAUGGGCCAGUCCGGCUCCGAUGUUGCCAAGCAAGCCUCCGAUAUUGUUCUCACUGAUGACAACUUUGCCACGAUCGUCAAGGCCAUUGCCGAAGGUCGCCGUAUGUUUGCCAACAUCCAAAAGUUUAUUCAGCAUCUCAUGUCGGCCAACGUUGCCGAGAUUGUCGUCUUGAUCAUUGGUCUUGCCAUCAAGGACGCUGAUGGCCAUGCUGUCUUCCCCAUGAGUGCCGUCGAGAUUCUCUUCCUCAACAUGAUCACUUCCUCGCCUCCUGCCAUGGGUCUCGGUCUUGAGCCUGCAAGUGAGUCCAACAUGCGCGAGCCCCCUCGUUCCGCUAAGCAGGGUCUCUUUUCGUUCGAGGUUGUCAUGGACACCUUCGUCUACGGUCUGGCCAUGGGUGCCCUUUCGUUCGCUAGCUACGCGAUCGUCCUCUUUGGGUUCCAGAACGGCACAAUUGGCCUCGGGUGCAACACCGAGUGGAGUCUCGAGUGUGAGGGUAUUUUCCGUGCCCGUGCUACUUCGUACACCUGCAUGACCUUGCUGAUCUUGGCCCACGCCAUCAACUGCCGUUCCCUCCGCGAGCCUGGCUGGACCAUCACCAACCUCAAGACCCUGGAGCACAACAAGAUGCUCUGGCUCUCUGUCGUGGUCGGUGCCUUCCUGGUUUUCCCUGUCGUCUACAUCCCCGGUUUUAACCACAACGUCUUCAAGCACUCGAGAAUCACGUACGAGUGGGGUCUGGUCAUUGCUGCCGUUAUCUUGUUUAUCCUCUUUGCCGAAGGCUACAAGUUUGCCAAGCGCAGACUCAUGAAGCCCAUUCACCUCGAGGGUAACGGUCAGCUCGAGAUGGAACGCAUGAGAACCUAUAUGACCGACACCUCGAACCAAGACUCUGUCAUUGACGAUGACAGAGCCGUCAAGGAGCACAAGUAA